AUCUAUCGAGCAUCUAUUUAUGUGCCAGGCACUGUACUAGGUAAAAAAAAAAAAAAAUUUUUUUUUCUGGGGAUAAAAUGCUGGGCCAAAUCAGACACAGAUCCUGUUCUCAUGGAGCCUACGACCUAGAGGAAAAGGCAGAUAUUAAUAAAACAAUCACAGAUGUAAUGACAUAGAGCAUUAUAUUCACUAGAAAUUCUCUAUAGGAAAAAUGAUCACAAUGAGAGAACCAUUCUUUGCACAAGCUCACCUAUUCUUCUCAGGUGGAAAUGAGAGGUGUAGGAAGGUGGAGCUGGCAGGUCUUCCCAGCAUCCUAGAAUGGUUUGGUGUGAACCACAAGGGGGAGUACAAGAAAAGGAUACCACUUGGGAAGGAGGUGAGGCAGCAUGACACUGUAGAGGGAGGAAGAGGAAAGAGGAGGUUCGCUGUGCUAAGGCAUCUUUGUAGAUUAGAAAAGGGAAGAAAUUUUUAUUGGAUGCCCAAUGUGAAAUGUUAGAUGGAGGGGGAAAUGUUUGGGGUAGGAUUUCUGAAUGGUAUGCUGUGUAAACCACUUUGCCACCUUCUUGAAUCAGUUUUAUAUUGGAAAUAAAAUUCUCUUUGGGUUUUGGGCUCAAGGUUUGUUUUUUCCAAAAUAAAAAGCCUAUCCAAAUAGCCAGAAAGGGGAAAUUUUUUUUUCCUAAAUGAACAUUUUACAAUUGUUUCAUGAUUAUGCUCUUUCUUUCUUAACAGGUGAUUUUUUAUGUAUUUCUUUAGUAAAUAGUUCUGUUCAACUUCGCUACAAUCUUGGUGACAGAACUGUCAUUCUUGAAACUGUCCAAAAAGUAACUACUAAUGGAAGUAUCUGGCAUGUGAUUAAAGCAGGAAGAGUUGGUGCUGAAGGUUACCUGGAUCUGGAUGGGAUAAAUAUAACAGAGAAAGCCACCACUAAAAUGAAUUCCCUGAAUACAAAUACAGAUUUCUAUGUUGGAGGAGUGCCUUCCUUGAAUCUUGUAAAUCCCACGGCAAUAGCAAAUGAACCUGUAGGUUUUCAGGGUUGUAUCCGAGAAGUUAUUAUAAAUAAUCAAGAAUUACAAUUAACUGAAUUAGGAGCGAAAGGUGGUUCAAAUGUAGGUGACUGUGAUGGGACAGCUUGUGGGUACAGUGUGUGCAGAAAUAGGGGUGAAUGUAUAGUAAAUGGCACAACUUUUUCUUGCAGAUGUUUGCCACAUUGGACUGGAAAUACAUGUGAGCAAUCUGUGUACUGUUUGAAUAAUCUGUGUCUCCAUCAAUCUCUAUGUGUACCUGACGAAUCAUUUUCUUACAGCUGUUUGUGUACUUUAGGUUGGGUGGGAAGGUAUUGUGAAAACAAAACUUCAUUUUCAACAGCAAAAUUUAUAGGUAAUUCUUACAUUAAGUAUACUGAUCCAAAUUACAGAAUGAGAAAUCUUCAGUUCACUACCAUAUCCUUCAAUUUUAGUACUAUUGAAACAGAAGGCUUAAUUUUAUGGAUGGGAAAAGCUCAAAAUGAAGAAAAUGAUUUUCUGGCAGUUGGUCUCCAUAAUCAGACCCUGAAAAUAGCAGUCAACCUAGGAGAAAGGAUCUCUGUGCCUACGAUCUAUAACAACGGCAUAUUCUGUUGUAACAAAUGGCAUCAUGUAAUUAUAACUCAAAAUCAGACUCUUCUCAAGGCCUACCUAGAUGGCAAUUUAAUACUCUCUGAGGAUAUUGAUCCAUGCAAAAAAUUUGUUGCUCUAAACUAUGAGGGUGUUAGUUAUUUAGGGGGCUUUGAAUAUGGUCGAAGGGUGAAUAUCGUUACUCAAGAGAUUUUUAAAAGAAAUUUUGUUGGCAAAAUUAAAGAUGUUGUCUUUUUCCAGGAUUCAAAAAAAAUUGAGUUAAUUAAAUCAGAUGGAUACAAUGUUUAUAAUGGUGAUGAACAAAAUUAGAUUACAAAAAACUAACACUGGCAAUUUUAAUAUCCAAAAUACAUAUUUAAGUAUAGUUAUUUUAACAGUUGCUUAUUUGGUAAGUUAUUUACUUGGGAUCUCCUGUUUACUCUUACCUGAAAUAGCCUAAAUGGUAACUCAUCUUUCUGAUAAACUUGUAAAAUAUAGCUAAAAAAAAGUUUUGGUUGUUUUCCCAAAUUUAUCUGUAAAUCUGUCGACUCCUAAGUUUUAAAUCCUUAGGUUACUUAGUGUUUAUUAAUCUGUGAAUGUUUUAAAAUAAAAUUCAGGUAGGACUAAA